AUGGCCGCAUCUGCCCUGUCCGUCUGCUCCAGCAACCUGAGCUAUGACAGCCGAGUCUGCCUGCCCGGUUCCAGUGACUCUUGCACCAGCUCCUCCUGGCAGGUGGACGACUGUCCAGAGAGCUGCUGUGAGCCCUCCUGCUGUGCCCCCAGCUGCUGCCAGCCCACCUGCUGCGUCCCCAGCUGCUGCACCCCGGUCCCCACCCAGACCCUCAUCUGCACCCCAGUGAGCUGCAUGUCCAGCCCCUGCUGCCAAUCAGCCUGCACCAGCUCCUGCACCAGCUCCUGCACGCCCUCAUGCUGCCAGCAGUCUAGCUGCCAGCCCUCCUGCUGCACCUCGUCCCCCUGCCAGCAGGCCUGCUGUGUGCCCGUCUGCUGCACACCCGUCUGCUGCAAGCCCAUCUGCUGUAAACCCCUGUGCUGUGUGCCCAUCUGCUCUGGGGCCUCCUCGUGCUGCCAGCCCACCCCCUGCACCUCGUCCUGCUGCAGACCCUCCUCCUGCGUGUCCCUCAUCUGCCGCCCCGUGUGCAGGCCUGCCUGCUGUGUGCCCGCCUCCUCCUGCUGUGGCCCCACCUCCUCCUGCCAGCCCAGCUGCUGCCGCCCGUCCUCCUGCAUGUCCCUGCUCUGCCGCCCCGUGUGCUCCCGCCCGGCCUGCUGUGUCCCCACCUCGGCCCAGAAGUCCUGCUGCUGA